GCCGCGGUCGCGUCAUAUCAGUUGCGCUUGACGCUUUGUUGCGGUUGGUUUCGUAGUUUCGUCCGUCAACUGAGUAGAAAAAUGGCCCGAUUCACGAUGUUUUCGCUGGUCGCUGUCCUGUUCGUUUUGGCAAACGUGCACGGGGCGGAGGAAGAGCUGAAAAUUGACGUUGUAAGUAAACCCGAAGUGUGCCAAGUUAAAUCGAAGAAUGGUGAUAUGUUGACGAUGCACUAUACCGGUACUUUGAAUGAUGGCACCAAGUUCGAUUCAAGUUUGGACAGAGAUCAACCAUUCACAUUCCAACUGGGAGUUGGACAAGUGAUCAAGGGAUGGGACCAAGGUCUGCUCGACAUGUGCGUAGGAGAAAAAAGAAAACUUACUAUUCCACCCUCUCUUGGUUAUGGCGAUAGAGGAGCUGGUAAUGUUAUCCCAGGAAAAGCAACAUUGACAUUUGAGGUCGAACUCAUGAAUAUCGGAGAUUCACCACCAACAACCAAUGUGUUCAAAGAAAUCGAUGCCAACCAGGACAACCAGCUAAGUCGCGACGAAGUAAGCGGCUUUUUGAGCGAGUACCUGAAGAAGCAAAUGGUGGCUGCCGACGGUGAACACCCCAGCGACGAAGUGAAAAACAUGCUCGCUGAACACGACAAGCUCGUCGAAGAGAUCUUCCAGCACGAGGACAAAGACAAGAACGGAUUCAUCUCGCACGAUGAAUUCUCCGGGCCCAAACACGACGAGCUAUAAAUGUACAGUGCGAGGAGGAUAUACAUGACAUUCCAUCGGCAUACAUGACAUUCCAUCGAACAAAGAAACAAAAAAGACAUUUGCCGAUCUUUCUAAAACUCCAUUUUCUCUAAAGUAUGCCGUGUGAUCGAAUAAAAACAACAUUACAGUAGGUGUUUAAACAGUGUUCAUUUUAAAUCUUAAUAGUGAAGCAGGGAUGAGCGAUAUCGUGAUUUUUAAAUCAUACUGUUGGUAUCGUGGUGCAGUGUAGAGAUGGGUAUAUCCGGUAUUGAAUGAGCCGGGUCCGAAGUUACAUCAAGCUUCAUGAACCUACAGUACGAUAACGACUGCGUUGUUCUCCAAGCUCGAUCUACUACCGUUCUCGUAAAAAAAUAGGCGAUGCUUACGAACUUGGAUGAACGAUGGCAAACAUUACGAACUUUACAUACCAGGGGCGGAUACAGGAAUUUAUUUUAGGGGGGGUCCAAAAUAAAAAGUAAUGUAGAAUAUGCUUUUUAGGGCGCCAUUUUUAACCCAAAAGCCUAAUAUUUAACACAAUUUACAGACUUUAGGGGGGGGCCGGGCCCCAUGGCCUCCCCUCUGUAUCCGCCACUGUUACAUACUAAUAAAAGAUAGUCGAGACACAAUUACAACCUUCCAUCAAAACUACCGCAUAUGGAUUGCUUCAUGCUAGAAGGAAAAUGAUGGGCAUUAAUAGAUAGUAUUUUUAAGAAAUAAAAUGGCAUUUUUUUCAAAAAAAACUAAAACUAAAUUUGAACGUAGCCCUCGUCUGCUGAUUUCUUUGACAAACUCGUACAAUCAUUACACAUUCCAUAAUUUCUUGAAUUUAUCAAUAAAGUAACAACACUAGACACAAAUUUCAAAUAAUACAAAAUACGGUUACGGUUUGGGGAAAGUAAACUUUAAAAACAAUCAGCAGCAGUUACAAUUCCCCUCUUUUUUUUUCCAAUAUUCCCUAAAUACUGAUUAGUUUUGCUGCAUCGUUAUGUUUUUGUUAUCGGGUAAAGUUUUUUACUUGAAAUCACUUAUAAAAAAAACAACAAAACAUCCAGUUUAUAGAGGCGUCCCCAAUCACAAAAUCAUAAAAAUUUCUCUGCGGAAAUGCAUCGUUCUCUUUUUUUCUGACUUUAGAAUAACCGAAAUCAGUUACAUGAAAACGUGUUCCUGCUUUAAAUUCUGAAACCAAACACUUUUCUUGUGUAGGUAUGAACUACCGGAAAGAGUUCUGUGAAUUCGUAUCGACUCGGACCUAUUCAUCUCUAGAGUGUAAAAAGUGUAGAAACUUUCAACCAUUUCAAACUCAAUAGUAAAUCGCAUACAUAAAUGUUAAUUCUUUGCCUACUGUAACGUUGUUUUUAUUCGCUCAUACGAUAUUUCGACUGACACAAAAAACUUUUUAGUCAGUAAUCUUCUCUAGCUGUCUUUCCAUUAUUUUAAUUUUCGCUAAUUAUAUAUACUAGGUAAAUAAUAUUAGAUAAGUUAAAAGAAAAAACAGUUUUAUAAAAAAUAAAUGUAAAAUAGGAUUUUUGAUACCUCUUUGGGACGCCAGUUAGUGACGAGCGUGUUUUAUAUAUGUGUGAUUUUCGCGUACUUAUUUUUACGUUAUAAUUUUAUUUCGUUUUUAUUGUACAGUUGAGAAUAUCUUUAUUGCGUAUUUAUUUCUGCAUUGUUAUAAGGAUGGUGGUAAAAGGAAUGUUCCCUCGUCAAUUUGGAAAUACAUUUAUUUUGUUUAUUUCUUAUAAAAUUUAUACGUUGUUGAAUAAAAAUAAAAGUUUUUACACAAUUUAA